CAGGCGGCGGACCAGCUCCGCAGCAUAAAAACAAAACGAAAAAAGAGCUUCAGAACCUUCAGUUUCCAACACAACCACGCAAAAUGGCCGCACCCAUCCAGCUGGAUCGUAUUCCCCCAACAACGACGGCCUAUGUCAUCGCCACGGCCAUCAUUGCCGGUGUCACCGGUUACUUUAUCGGUCAGGGCUCGUCGCUAGGACUCUUCAAAGAGAAAGAGGGCUGGCCGAACAGCUACGACGUCAAGGUCCACAAGGAUUCCUCGGACGAAGAGGAAGAAGACUCCGAGGAAGAGGAAUACGACUCGGAAGAUGACAGCGAAGAAGAAGGAGAUGGAGGGGAACUGUCGAAUUUCAAGGACAACAAUGAGGAAGUGAAGCUGGUUCUGGUUGUCCGGACAGACCUGGGCAUGACCAAGGGCAAAAUUGCCGCCCAAUGCUCGCACGCAACCCUGGCCUGCUACAAAUACUUCCUCACGCACGCCCCCGACUCGCCCAUUCUCCGACGCUGGGAAAGACAAGGGCAAGCGAAGAUCGCGCUGCAGCUGAAAUCCGAGGAGGAAUUGCAGCUUCUGCAGGCACAGGCGAUGAGCCUUGGUCUUUGCGCUCGUGUGAUCCAGGAUGCUGGCCGUACUCAGAUCGCGAGCGGAAGCAGGACGGUGCUGGGUGUUUUGGGACCCAAGAGUGUGGUGGAUAAUGUGACGGGUCACUUGAAGUUGUUGUAAUGAUGGUUAUGAAAAGGGUAUGAUGUUUUGUAUGAGUUGGUGUACGAAAUCAAUUAUAAAAAUUUGAUAUCGCAGCGCAAUCAUAGCGACAUACAGCUGUAGACAGCAUGUGAACCCGGAGUGUAGGACGAUUGGAGUCGUAGACUUCCGCUUGUUCUACAGUACAGCACUCAUUCGAGCAUCCUACGAUAGGCUACAUAAAACUAUUCAAAAAUAUAUAAAAGGGAUGUUGGCAAGUCAUGGUUUUUCCCCAACCUCACUGGCCAACGGCCAAUCGGCGAAGGGAUCAGGAAUAUGACGCCGUCAAACACCAGAAUCACCAGCCGAGCUCACCAAACACGUGGAAGGGAGCUCAAGACCGGCGUGAACACCUGAUGCCCAACAUUUAAUCUGAGAUCCGUCGACUGGAAAUCGCCAUCAGCAGUGAAUAUAAUGGCUCCUUAUAACGUCGAACUGCCCAGCUCUCAACCGAAACACAGAGACCGAA